AUGUCGCGUAGACUCCCUGCCACAUCUACCCCUACUACUAUCUCUCGCCAGUGCUGCUCGCGGCUCAGAUUCUCCACCCGGCGCCUCUCCACCCCUUCAUCCCCUCUGGUGUCAACCGCCAGAACAGCAGUCUCGCUUCUCACAUCCCUCGUUAUAGUCAUCUCCGUUAUACCAUCCUCGGGUCCUCCACAAUCAAACUUUCGAUCAUAUUCCGUCUCGUUACUAUCACAAUCCAAUGGCAUUCGAGUGUUGGCGGAGGCGUGGCGUUUCAAGGAGAAUCCUCUUGAACAUGCGAAACAUCCGCGCAUGGUUACCCUGUUCUCCGUGGAGUGCGGUCCCUACUUUGACUGGCAGACCGUGGGGCUCAUGCACAGCUACAGGCGCAGCAAGCAACCAGGCCCCAUCACUCGCCUGCUCAGCUGCACAGAGGAGCAGCUAAAGGAUUACCCCAACAUGGACCUCGCUCCCACGCACACCGUGCCCUCCAUGUCCCUCGACCCCAAGACUGGCGAGUGGUACCCAGCAAUCAACAAGCCGUACGGCGUGUGGCACUGGGUGCAGCACAGCCCGCAGGCACAGCAGGUGGAGUGGGUCGUGAUCCUCGACGCUGACAUGGUCAUCAGAGCGCCCGUCACUCCUUGGGGCGUGAAAGCAGACAAGGGCAAACCAGUUGCUGCCUAUUACGGCUACCUCAUCGGUUGUGACAACAUACUGGCCCAGCUGCACACCAAGCACCCCGAGCUGUGUCCCAAAGUGGGCGGAUUCAUAGUCAUGCACAUUGACGAUCUGCGCCGCUUCGCCCCGCUCUGGCUCAGCAAGACACAGGAGGUGCGAGCGGACAAGGCACACUAUGCGAGGAACAUCACAGGGGAUGUGUACUCAUCAGGGUGGAUCAGCGAGAUGUAUGGCUACUCUUUUGGUGUUGCUGAUGCGGGGUUGCACCAUCAAGUCGACCGAACAACCAUGCUCUACCCAGGCUACACCCCAACGCCAGGCGUGGACCCCCGCUUGCUGCACUACGGGCUUGCCUUCUCCGUCGGCAACUGGAGCUUCGGCAAGUCGCAGCAUCGCACGGACAAGAUUGUGAAUGAGUGCAACCGGCUGUUUGACCCGCCUCCAUUCCCCUCUGAGGUGAGAUUUUUGGAGGAUUUGAGCUUCGGGAAGUCACAGCACCGAACAGACAAGAUUGUCAAUGAGUGCAACCGGCUGUUUGACCCGCCUCCAUUCCCCUCUGAGAUGGAGACAUCAAGUCAAGUGAGCAACUGGACCUUUGGCAAGUCACAUCAUCGGACGGACAAGAUUGUCAACGAGUGCAACCGUCUGUUUGACCCGCCUCCAUUGCCCUCUGAGCACUGCACGGAUAUGUUUGUGAAUGAGUGCAACAGACUCUUCAACCCCCCGCCGUUCCCUUCUGAGGUGAGACAUUCAAUGGGUGCAAGAAUCCAGACGUCUCUGGGACCUGCUGCCUUUGGCCCCACUGUCUCUUCCCAGCCCGAAGAGGGCAUGCUCCGAGGGGAGGUGAGGGGAGCGGCUGGCAGUGCAGGCGGCCAAUCAUUCCUCGCACCUGCCGCCUGCCUAUUUCUGACGCCCUUUUCCCCUGCCCUCUCCCAUUCCUCUCUUUCUCGCCUCUGCCCUUCCUUUCUCUCUCCCAACCCACCAGUGCGAGCAUCCAGUCAUCUCUGGGCCCUGCUGCCUUUGGCCCCACUGUCUCUUCCCAGCCCGAAGGGGGCAUGCUCCGAAGGGAGUGCGAGCAUCCAGUCAUCCCUCGGACCUUCUGCCUUUGGUCCCACUGUCUCUUUGAUCCCUGAAGGGGGCAUGCUCCGAGGGGAGGCGAGGGGAGCGGCUGUGGGAGGAGGAGUAAGAGGGGGGUUAGGAAACUCUGUUGUUGCCAACACCGGCGUUGGGGCAGAGGGGGCAGGAGAGAGCGAGGAGGAGAGGGUAGUGGAGCAGGUUGAGAAGGAGACAGGUGUGGGUUUCUGGGGAGAUGAUGGUGUUGAUAGUAGUGAUGGUGCUGAUGGGGAUGAUGGUGGUGCUGAUGCUGAUGCUGAUGGGGAUGGGAACAACAAGCAAGAACAAGGGAAGGCUGGGGAUCAAGCAGAGGGGCAAGCGCAAGGGGAGAGCAGCGAGCAGCAGAAAGGAGGCAGCAAAGGCAUUCGAAGUAACAGAGGCAGAGGCAGAGGCAGAGGAGGGGAUGACAAGUCCCCUCCUCUGGCAGACACUACCGAGAAACUCCAUAAGUGGAUGGACAAGUGGAGGAAAACCAUACGCUCCCUCCUCCCCUCCUCUUUUCAAGACGCCUCCCGCCUUCCUAUUCUCGAAAUCGACUCCCCUCCUCCCGUUCCUCUCCCGCUGCCGAACCUGGGCCCGGACGUGCCUGUUGAUCCGGCUCGGGACCCGAACCUUUGGCAGCCGUUUCAUGUGAAGGGCACGCCGAGGCUGGUCACGCUUUUUUCGGGCGAGUGUACUGCGUAUUUCGAUUGGCAGACGCUCGGGCUGAUGUACAGCUUUCGGAGGAGCGGGCAGCCCGGAAAACUUGUGCGGCUGCUGGCUUGUAACGAGGACAUGCUUAAGGAGUACAAGGGGCUGGACCUGGCUCCGACUAUGGUGGUGCCGAAUUGGGACCACGACCCCCACAACGGAGAUUGGUAUUCUGCCAUUAACAAGCCUGUCGGGGUGAAGUACUGGCUUGACAACAGCCCCGACGCGCAACAGGUCGAUUUUGUCCUCAUCCUCGACGCGGAUCAGAUCCUCCGCCGCCCGAUUCUGCCCUGGGAGCUAGGCGCCGAGCGAGGCCGCCCAGUUUCCGCUGACUACGGGUACCUGAUCGGGUGUGACAACAUCCUGGGGUCGCUGCACAUGAAGCACCCCAAGCAUUGCGACAAGGUCGGGGGGUACAUUGCCAUCCACGUGGACGACCUGCGCCUGCUGGCUCCCCGGUGGAUUGCCAAGACGGAAGAGGUGCGAGCGGACAAGGAGCACUACGCCACCAACAUCACGGGCGACGUGUACGGGCAGGGGUGGAUCAGCGAGAUGUACGGCUACUCGUUUGGUGCCUCCGAUGUGGUGAUAGACAGGAUAAUGUCAAACUGCUCACCUACUCCUGGGAUAAUUCCCGCUUCCCACGUGCUGCACUCCCAUCAAUUCCCCACUCAUCUCUCCUCUUUUCCCCCUCCUCUUUUCCUUGCAUCCUCUCUCCUCCCCCACUCCUCUCCCUUUCUCCUCCUCCCCCCUCUCCCUCCACAGGCCAAUCUACACCAUGUGGUGAUCGACAAUAUAAUGCUCUACCCCGGCUAUCCCCCUGUACCAAACAUCGACCCUCGUCUCUUCCACUACGGCCUCGAGGUUAAAGUUCUGAAUUACUCCUGGGACAAGUCCCGCUUCCGAGACACCCCCCUAGCCCUCACCUGCGGUUACCAUUUCCCCGACCCUCCUGACGUUACGGACUUGCCCCCGUUACCCUCUCUCAAUUCUGGUGCUGCUGCUGCUGGUGGUAAAGGUGGUAUUGGCGGUUUAUUUGCGGGGCUUAGGGGUGGAGGAGGGGGGGAAGAGGAGAGGGUGAAGAAGCUGAAGGAGUUGCAGGAGGAGCGGCGGAAAGAGUUCAUAGUUAUUGAGUGUGUUGCGGUGCUGAAUCGUGCUUUAAGAGAGUAUCACCGGCUGAGGCUAGGGUGCCCUGCGUCUGGCGAGAAAGACGUGGGCGUUAUGGAUCUUACUGGAGCGUCUUUUAUCGAGUCGGGGAGUGGGGGAGGGGGUGUGAGGGAGCUUAGAGCUGAUGUGUGGGCGAGAGUGAGAGAUGGGGGAGAAGGGAUGGAGGUGGAGGAGGAGAGGAGGACGGGGAGGACUGAGGAGGGGAAUGGGGAUGUGGAGAGAGUGGGGAGGUUUGUGGUAGAGAGUGUGGAAGUGAGGGAGAGGGGGGGAUUGGAGCGAGGGCUUGUUGUUGGGGUAGAGAUGGCAGAAGGGGAGAGAGAGCGGAUGGAGGAGAGGAUGGAGGAGAGGAUGAGGGAGGAGGAUGGGCAGGAGGGAGGGAUAGGAGGGGUUGGAGAGGUGGGGGUAGAGGAGCAGCAGGGGCAGAACAAGCAAGGGAAUGAAGAAAACCAUAUUGAACAGCAGCAGGAGCAUCAGCAAGGAGAGGAGCAAUUGAAAGGCGCAGGAAACGGGGAAGGUGGAUUGGUUAGAGAUCAGCAAGAAAAUUCUGGUGUAGAGGAGGUGAAUACAUUUAAAGGCAGCGGUGGUGGUAUCAAAGCACAGAGUGGUAAGAUCCAACAAAUUCGAGGGCUCUUACGUGGCAGGCGAUCAUUAGUCGGAGGAGAUCUGAGCUCCGCAGGUGAUAGGGCGGCUGGUGGGGUUGGAGGAGGGGGCGAGGGCACCACAGAAGGUGGGGUGGAUUGGGUGCUGUGGUUGAAGCGGUAUAAGAAAUGGCUUGCUGCGCCGUGGGUGCUGGCUGCGGUUAUGCUGCUGCUGGUGGUUACCAGGAGGCGGCAGCGGAAGCGGAGGGAGGGGAGGGAGAUGAGAGAAGCGCGGCGGGAGAGGAGGGCGAGGAAAAAACGAUCGGAGAAGAUCCCAAAGGAUGUGACAGACUAA